AGCAUAUUAUUUUGACAGCGGCCAUUCGGUAAACUUUAAAAACGUGUUUACCGGACCAGGCGGCAGCGUAGCAAUUGUUGGUAAUUGUUGUUUUCCUCUGCGCGUAUCGCCAUGGAUAUCGUAAAGGAAGUGCUGCAGCAGCAGCAGCAGAAUCUGCAAAAGUACAAACCGAUCACGGUUGAGAAGGCGCUGGAACCGACGAUCGAUGUGGGCCACAUGCUGGUGAGCGAUCCGAACUACUACGACGAGGAACAGAUGAAAGCGGACCGCGAAAAGUACGUGCUCGAUUUGACGCGCGACAAUGUGCAGCUUCUGAUAAACAGCAUCUGGCAGCUGCCGACGGAGCGGGUCGAGGAAUCGAUCGUUGCUAAGCUACCGCCGCCGAAGGCCCCGUUGCCGCGGGCCCGCAAGCUGCCCGUCCCGAAGCCGCUCACCAAAUGGGAGGAGUUUGCCAAAAAGAAGGGCAUCAAAAAGCGCACCCGUGACAAGAAGGUGUUCGACCCGGUGCUGGACAAAUGGGUACCGACCUACGGCUACCAGCGGUACAAGGCCGAGAAGGAGAAGGACUGGGUGUUGGAGGUACCGCAGAACGAUCCGUACCGGGACAUGUUCAAGGAGAAGCGCGAUCUGCGCCUCGAGCGCGUGGCUAAGAAUGAGGUGGCGCGCAUGAAGAACAUUGCCCGGGCGAAGAAAAUCGCCACCCCGCGGACCGGUUUCGUCGGUCCCGAGACUGCAUCCGCCAAACAGCUCAUCACCGCGUCCAACAUAGUGAAAGCGUCGACGGCCUCGGUGGGAGUGUUCCAGGAGUCGCUGCCGAACGAGAAGCAGGCGCGCGGCCUCGGUGUCAAGGAGCUGAUGCCGGGCGAGAAGCGCAAGAAAAAGGUAUCGAGCGUUGCCGGCGAAAAGCGGCGCAAUCUGGAGAUAGUGAAUAAGGUGCUGAACAAGAAGCCGAAGAUCGACAUCGAUCGGGCGAUCUCGCUACAGAAGGCGGAAGCACGCGCAGAACGCGAGGCAGAGGAAGGCGGAGAGGACGGUGGAAGGACGAAGAAAAAGGGGGGCAAAAAGUCGAAAGCGUUCAGUCGCAAGAAACCGAAGGGUGGGCAAGGCAAGCGAAAUCACAGCAAGCGGGCCGUUGGUCGGAAACGUCGUUAAGCAUAAGACAUUGGCAGGAUAAUGGUAAACAAAAACAACAUACAAUUAUACAUGAAUAUAUAUCAUUUAUAUUAACGUAACAUGAAAGCUCGGAUACGCUCGGAAUACAUUGAGAAACUUGUCGGCGAAGUCUAUCGGUCGGCGGUGAUAGAAAACGAAGCCGUUCGAUUGUGCGAACCGAAACCCUUCCGCAGAAGAUUGUGGUGCAUUGAAAUAUCGAUCCCAAAGAGACCGAUGUACAUACUAUCUCCUUUAAACGCUAUUACGUCACAGCUGGCAUGCACUGUCGCCUGAGUCAGACGGAGAGAACAUGAAAAUUCUAAAUCUUCCCUACCACUCCGCAAUCAUAGUAGGUGAAGGACAGCGUUCGUGUAGCAGCAACCAGGUCAAAACCGCCGGACGAGGCAGCGGUAGUGUCAAUCAUUGAAAUUAGUUACAUAUCGCACGUUUCGUAGCAUGGAUUAAAUAAGUUUUCGUGCACUCGGCGCGCAGUUUAACGCAAUCCCACAACAGCUGCAAAUGGAAUUAUCCUUACCGAAGGAGGCAGCCUGCACUGCAACACUGCAAAAGAAAAGGGAACAAACGUCCGCCUCGCUCUCUCUAUCGCUCUGCUCUACAACUGUCAGUCGACGCUGUCAGUGAGGUGCGAACAGUUUGGGGGAAAUCAUACACACGCAGAACAACACAACAUCGCCUGUGCGGGCACGGUGCGGAAGGAAAAAUUUGGACAUUCCAACUCAUCCUUAUCGCAGCUAUCGACACGAAUCGUUUUCGCUUGCACUGGACCGAUUGCCCAUUUCCUGCUGAUACGGCGAUAUGCACCGGACUCUGUAAUUGCGGAGAUCAUCCAGCACAACUAGCACGGCCAACGUUUGCAUCGGAACCACAUCGAUCGCUGCUGUGUGUGUGUGCCGGGUAUGUGUAGUGCGUGUGUCCGUGUCCUGCAGUAGCGCCCGGAAUAGUGUUGCCGAACCGAGUGCGCAAUAGCCGCGCGUGACCACCACCAUGAGCACCCUGUUUGCCCGGGUGUUCCGGCAGGCAUGGGCCACGUUCGAGCACACCGGAGCGGGGGACGCAAAGUUCGCCAGCAAUCUGAACGCGCUGCGCCGCCUGGUCGACCAGCUUACGCUGGCGGACAUUGGGCUGGAACCGUCGCUCGUCGCGACGGAAACGUUCCAGCAGCCGACCAAGGCGCCCUGCACGUACGUCGGUGUGUUCGAGAACGACCGCUUCGCGAUGUCGGUGUUUGUGCUGCGGGAAAACUACACCAUGCCGCUGCACGACCACCCCCAGAUGCACGGCCUGCUGCGGGUCGUGUCGGGGGCGGUACAGAUCUGCAGCUACAGUGAGAUCGCGCGCCGCGACACGGUGGAACCGAGAGCCGAGGGCGGCACCCUCCGCCGGCACGUGCUGGUGGUGGCCGAGCCGGAAAAGAUUAUCAGCUCGGCGGCCGGCGACUGUGCCGUGCUGACGCCGACCGAGCGGAACUUUCACGAGAUAACGGCGAUCGGGGGCCCGGCCGCCUUCUUCGACAUCCUCAGCCCGCCGUACAACACGGCCAGCCAGCCGCAGUACUACUUCUACCGGAAGGUGCCCGUCCCGCGGCAUCUGGCCGAGAUGGAACCGCUCGGGUUUGGCGGCCCGGACAAACCGUCCGCCCAGGAGGACGAGCGGCCCCGGUACGUGCUGGAGACGAUUCCCAACCCGGAACACUACUACUGUGAUACGGUGCACUACGCCACGCCGGAGUUUAUGUAUCAACAGGCGGAAGGAGGAGGCGGAGGUGGAGGAGGCGUUUAAGGGUCGUUUCAGGGGAAGGAUUGCGAAACAAGCCGAAGAGAGUCCCGGGGGAGGAAAAAAGGCGAUCGACUACUAACUACAAAUUAUAAUUAGCAUUUUGCACUCGAACGCUUCGAUGCUGGUGGUUUCUUUUUAAUUUGUUGGAUUGUUAUUUUUGUUUUUGUUAUGUUAUAUUUUUUUUGUUCUUCUUCGUCACUAUUAGAAGAAACCGCAGUAGGCAUCGUUCGAGCCUAGCGUAGUGUGUGUGUUUCUCACCCCGUUUUUUACAGGAGCGCCUGGAAGAUGGAGAAGGAGGCGCUGGCGUUGCGUUGAUGCAACGGCCAUGCAAUACUGCACGCGUAGUAGUACCGUUACUGAAUAGUAGAAGGGCACUUCACCCUUAAUAAACAAGCAAGCAAGCAAGCAAGCAAGCAAAGCCUAACGAAAGUUCAAUAAAACCAAAUUUAACUCUA